AUGGUGCGAAAAAGAGGCCUGUCAAAUGCUUCCUCGAUCUCCUCCGCCCCCGAUGGAAACCAGGAGCUGGAGAGCAUGUAUGAUUACCUCGCCAAAGUAAUUCUACUUGGGCCGAGUGGUGCUGGAAAGUCCUGUGUCCUCCAUCGGUUUGUGAAGAAUGAAUGGCGAGUCCUAUCAUCACAAACAAUCGGAGUCGAAUUCUCCUCGAAGAUCGUUAAGCUGGGUUCGGGUCCGCGACGAACAAGGAUCAAACUGCAACUCUGGGACACAGCGGGAACGGAGCGAUUCCGAUCUGUCUCCAGGUCUUAUUAUCGAGGUGCCGCCGGAGCCAUCCUCGUCUAUGAUGUAUCCUCCCACCAGUCCUUCGCGUCGCUGCCCACGUUUCUCAUGGACGCGCGGGCGCUGGCCUCGCCCAACCUGACCGUUGUCCUCGCCGGGAACAAGGCGGAUCUCACAACCGACUAUGCGCCGCACGGUGAUUUUGACGAUAGCAUGCGUCCGCCCCCUACGCCGUCCAGUACCUCCAGCAAACACUCCUUCCCCUAUGAUUCCGGCGGUGGCUCGGUCCGCUCCUUCGCCAACCUCGGAUCCGGCACGAGACAGACCGCCACGUACGCACCCCAUGGUCGCGAGGUGAACGCGGAGGAAACCUCGCGAUGGGCGGCAAAAAACAACAUUCCCGUCGCCGUGGAAGUUUCGGCUCUGACGGAUUGA